AUGGCGUUCUCUACUCAUCUCUCUCUCAAUGAUGGACCUGACUUCGAUGAUCCUACUCUCUACCAGAGCACUGUUGGUAGUCUCCAAUAUCUGUCCCUCACCCGUACUGAUGUUGCUUUUGUCGUGAACAAAAUUUGUCAAUUUAUGCAUGCUCCCAAACUUCCUCAUGGGUGCCCAAAUGAUCAGCGCUCUAUGGGAGGUUUUUGUGUUUUUCUUGGACCUAAUAUAAUUUCAUGGACUUCCAAGAAACAACACACACUUGCACGAUCUAGUACAGAAGUUGAGUACAAGGCUUUUGCCAAUACCAUUGCAGAAUUACUUUAG